UAUAGUAAAAACGAUGUAAUAGGAGUAUAUCUCAUUGCGACGACUCUUGUACAGUUUAUACAAUUUUCAAGAAACCGACGCCAUUAUUCUUUUUCUCGUCUAGUUAUUGGAUUUUUGCCUUAAACAUUUAAUGUUAAAUCGUUAAUAGUAGAAACUCUGCUUAAUUUGUAUGUAUAAAGUCGAAUCAGUAAAUUUGGUUUUUAUUUAUCGUUUAAUUAGAAAAUGCUGGUGUUUUCCGAACGUAAACUUUAAUUUUAACUAAAAAGAAAAAUAAACAAUUUGUGGAAAAAUUGUGAAAAGUGUACAGAAAAUUUAUCGUUCUAUUGAUGAUUCGAUUCUCUGUGUAAGAGUGAAUAUUAAUAAAAAUAUGGAAAAACGAUUAGCAGUGUUAGAAAUCUAGAAAAAUCCAAGCAAAUUCUGUGAUAUGGUGACUAUAAACAAAAUCCAAGAUUAAAAUUUAUUUCAAAAUAAUAAGAAUUUAGUGCGACAAAAGUUUCGUAAUGUGUCGAGCUGCCGAUGAACGAUACAUGCAGUUCGAAUAGCGUUUUAAAACGAUCAGUGUCUACUUGUAAGACAUAACGUUUGAGACUCACUUACCAAUUCAUGGCUAGCUCAACAUUUCAAUACUCAGGAUCACUGAAAGCGAAUCGCCGACUAACUUCAAAUGUCUGACGUCGGCAUGGUAAAAAUGGACGAGGAGGAACAAGAUCGUAAAAUCGUUGUAGAAUUUUGUCAUUUGCUCGAGAAAUCCAAACAGUUAUUCAACGGAUUAAGUUCUUGCAGAGAUCUGCCACAAUAUGGCCAUCGACAAUGGCAAGCAUAUUUCGGUAGAACGUUCGAUGUUUAUACAAAGUUAUGGAAAUUUCAACAACAACAUCGGCUAAUAUUAGAUUCAAAUUAUGGUCUGAAACGAUGGCAAAUCGGUGAAAUAGCUAGUAAAAUUGGACAAUUAUAUUAUCAUUAUUAUCUUAGAACCAGUGAAACAAAUUAUUUAAACGAGGCGUACCAAUUCUAUGCGGCGAUUCGGGGAAGAGGAUAUUACUCACGAGCUAUCAAAGAAGAUCGUCCCGAUCUGAUGGUGAAAAAGUUGCGAUACUAUGCUCGAUUUAUUGUGGUCUGUUUACUGUUGAAGAAAAUGAAAUUAGUCCGGGAAUUAGUAACUGAAUUAGAUAAACAAAUACAGGAAUAUACGACAACUAACCAUUCUUCCAGAUAUGAACCAGAGGAUCAAUUAGAAUGGUCGUUAGUGUUAGAAGAAAUAAAAGGUUUUAUUAAGGCUGAGGCGGCCGUUGCUGUACUGCAUGCAGACACAAAUCCAAUCAUUGUGUCGCACAGUCAUUCUGGUUCUAGGCUCAGUCCGUUGACAACACCACCGUGCGAACGAUCGCCACAUAUGACGCUCAGUUUACAAGAAAUAAUUAUCGUGGGUUCAGCAUGUGAACAGGCAAAAUUCUCGGAACUCACAAUGGACAUGUUUAGAAUGCUUCAGACACUUGAGAGAGAACCGACUGAAUCUUCCAAUCCCAUUGGAAUGGGUGGAAUGUUACCUAUGAUGAAUGUACAUGAUCACGACUCUAGCCCGGCGACAAGAACGCUACCGUAUGGUUGGGGACCGGGAUCGAAAGAAAACGGUGAUAGACGUCACCAAAGAGAUAAUCCGCACAAAUAUUUACUAUACAAGCCUUCGAUUAGUCAACUACUAGUAUUUUUAGCUAGCGGCUUCAAGGAGCUACCACCUGGCGGUGCAUUACUAUUAUAUGUGUCCGCUGACGGUUGUUUUUCCACCACACAGCAUCCUGAAGAUUAUGGCUACGAACUCGGUGGAUUAGCCACGAGUGUUAAACGUGAUGGUAUGGAAAACGGCAUCGCGAACCGAGGGAAAUCUAGUGGAUUCAAAGAGCCACAUUGUUUAUAUCCAGGAGACUUGUACCCAUUUACACGUCGCCCAAUGUUCAUUAUAAUCGAUUCAGACAAUUCGUUCGUAUUUCAGCACGUUCCGAGAUACUUUGGACAACCAUUAGUUGUAUUAAUGAGUCCACAAGACGUACCAACUGCUUUUCAAGAUUUUCAACAUCACGGAUCGUUAUUCACCUUAUUUCUGCACUCUCCAUUAACAGCUUUCUGUUAUGUAUGUAAUGUAGGCGACGUGCCUGUUCAUCAUUGGGAACGAUGUCAAGGAUUAAUAGACAAAUUCAUUACCGAGGCGUCACGACUCGUAACCAGAUGUCGAAUGGAUGAAAUCGAGAAGGGUAUUGGAUGUAUAGACUCAUCUUAUGUUCAAUUUUUCGGCGACGACUUCCUUCGUACCUUAAUUUUAAGAUUUGUAUUCUGUGAUGUUGUUUUACGUAUUCAUCGUGCUUUUCGCGGCCGACAUCAACGUCCUCGAUGCGAACCUCCCCUGCCCGGCGCCGAAUUAUUGGAACAUUCGUCGUUGACACACAUAGUUUUACAAUUAGCUACAGCGCUUGAAGUGCGACGACAUUUUUCCGAAGAAACGGAAGGUGAUUGAUUGAAUCAGGCGAUGAGUAGUCGGACGAUGAUAUCUACUGUAAAAUUGUAUUAUUUGAUAUUGGAGUUCGGAAGCGGAACGGAAACAAAUCUAGAAUUCUAUAUAAUACUAAAACCAUACACAAUGCAUAAUUUUUGGGUAAGAUUUGAGUUGAGAGCGGGGGGAAUGGGUUUAUAGUUAGGAUAAAAUGAUAUGUUAUUGAUUGUUACACUUCUUGAUAGAACUUAUGAAAUCCUGUUGUUAAUUGAAUUCCCAGUAGGAACAGAAAAAAAAACAGAAAAAAUGAGAAUUCGGAUACUCUCACUCAUUUCUCUUCCCAAUCUUUAAUUUUUAUUUUUUGUUUCAAAUUCGCCUUUCUAUCUAAGAAAAAAAUAUAAAUUUAAAACUCAUAUAUCACACUCGCGCUGUAUUUCAGAUAUGUUAUAGACAAUUCAUCACACUGCCAAAUCGAAGAGCGUCGUUAACAGAUAAUUCGAGAUCAACAAGUAAUUUAGAUUUUUUUUACGAAGAAUUUCCAUUAGUACCGAUAACUACGAAUAUGGUUUUGAAGAACAGGCACAUUUCGUCAAGAUAUUUUCAAUCGACGUCAGACAUUAUUCUAAGCAUACAAUUACGGGCUAGUAAAAACAUUUUACUUGCUACAUGCCUCGAAAACCGUACUUUUCAUGUAAAAUCCAUUACAUAA